GUGGCCUGCUGCGGGAUCAGAGGCACCGGAGCGGCGGAUGAUGACAUCAGCGUGUGAGAGUCCCGAUCGUCCGCGCGUGAGCUGAUCGAUCAUCUAUCAGGUGUCUCCAGGUGUCUCCAGGUGUCUCCAGCGCUUCCAGUGGCGUCCAGGAUGCUGCCGGCCUCCAUUCAGAUCACAGGCGAGCUGCUGUCGGCGGCCGAGGUCCAGGACAUCUGUGAGAGUCUGAAGGAGGACAGUGUGCGGCUGCUGUCCGUGCGCGGCUGCCAGCUCUCCGACCGCGACUUCGGCCGCGUCUGCCGCAGCGUCGCUGAGUCGCACUCGCUGGCUCAGCUCAACCUCAACCUGGGUGUGGUCUCGAGCAUCAGUCGGACCCGCCACCUGGCCGACGCCCUGAAGACCAACCGGUCCCUGCAGACCCUGUUUCUCCACGGUAGCCCGCUGUUGGACGCCGGCCUGGUGACCUUGAACUCGGCCCUGUCGACCCACCCGGCACUAGUCAGUCUGGAUCUGGGAGACUGCAUGCUGGGAGACGAGGCGCUGGGUCUGAUCUGCGGGAUGCUGCCGCCCGACGGAGCAAAGUCAGGUCUGAGGGAGCUCACUCUGAGUGCUAACCCAGGAAUCAGCUCCAAAGGCUGGGCUCGGCUCGCCAUCGCUGUGGCUCACAGCUCGCAGCUCCGAGUGCUGAACCUGGACUACAACCCGCUGGGUGAUCAGAUCGCGGGGAUGCUGGCGGUUGCCGUGGCGUCCAGCAGAACCUUGGAGGUGUUGGACCUGGAAGGAACCGGACUGACCAACCAAUCAGCACAGGUCUUCUUGGACAUGGUGGAAAACUACCCGACCAGUCUGCGGAUUCUGGUCCUGGCGGAGAACGACAUCAGUCCGGAGUUGCAGCAGCAGAUCUGCGACCUGCUGUCUGAAGGGGAGGAGGACGACGACAAAGAGGCCCCGCCCCUCUACCCCGGCCAUGCCUCCAGCAGCGCCCUGUUGCCAAUCAGAGACAAGUACCAGCCAAUCAGAGACAAGUACCAGCCCCCCACCUGGCUCCCCCACAGCAACUCCGGCCCCCAGAUGGUCUUGCUGACAUCAGGUCUAGGUGAGAGCCUAUUGGCUGAGACUGAGAUGUGACCCCUCCCACAAACACACCCACUUUCUGUUUUCACUUUGUUCUGUUGAGUUUGGUUUGAUUCUCUGCACUGCACCUCUCAGAUCACUUGAUAGCUAGCAGCCAAUCACGUGCUCUGCAUGGUUUGACGUAGCACCUGUACAUAGACGACAACACGAAACCUUAAGUGACUUUUAGAUAGGUGUUUGUUCAGCAGGUGUGUUUCUGAUGAAUGUCUGAUGUCACAAUAAUAAAACUGUUUACAGCUUCGUAAUAA